AUGACGCUGCCUAGGGAGCAGUCGGCCAAUGACAUGUGGGUGGACGAACAGAUCCUCAAGACAAUGCAAGCGCCGGCGGACCCCGAGGCUGCAAUGGGACAAGAGCAUCGUCCGUCAGACGAAUGGAUUGCAGUGCGGCUUAAGGUUGACAAUGAAGUGUCGUGGCGGGCGCGUGGCUGGUUCCGGCAGAAGAGGUGGUCACUGUGGCGUGAGAGAAGCGACGAAAAGCCUGAGGGCCUAGUGGACUGGGACCGUGGAGACGAAGUUUGGAUGCACUUCAGUCCAGGAGAAGAGGUUGUGAGGCGGCGUAGGCCAGCUUGGCCAGCAAGCCAGCAAGCCAGCCAUCCAGUUGGGGAAUUGGGCGCCAUCUGGAGCCGACGGGAGCUCCGUGGGAUGUGGGCCAGACUCGAUCCGACCAAGGCCAAGCGAGGUCCCUUCGUCAAUGAGGAGUCCAUAAGAGGCGAAGUGAUUGACGAGCCGCAAUCGCGAAACAAGAACUGA